CGUUACUUGUUAGGGUUUCCUCUAUUUUCAAAUUUCACCUGAGUCAAAAACCCUUCUCCCUCCGGCAUAGCCACCGGCGACCUCAUUCCUCACUGUGUCGGACGCAACCUCAUAGCCCCACACCAUCGGACAUCGUCGGCGCUAAGCGGAAACCGUUUGUGUUUGUUUGGGGUUGAGAUAAAAUGAGUGGAGCAGAGAAAGGAUCAGGAACCACGAAAACCCCAGCAGAUUUCCUCAAAUCCAUUCGUGGCCGCCCAGUUGUUGUGAAGCUCAAUUCUGGUGUUGAUUAUCGAGGUAUCCUGGCUUGUCUAGAUGGGUAUAUGAAUAUUGCAAUGGAACAGACAGAGGAGUAUGUCAACGGGCAACUGAAGAACAAAUAUGGUGACGCAUUCAUCCGAGGGAAUAAUGUUCUAUACAUCAGUACCUCAAAGAGGACUCUAGCAGAAGGGGCCUAAAGAAGUACAGGAAUCCAAAUUUAUUGGUUUGGAAGACGCAUAUGACUUUUUAAUAGCUUUUGUGGACUGCCUUAUGUUACAGCUUUUGCCAGUUAUUCUGAAGCUUGUUUAUUUCUUUCUUGUCAUGAUAAUUGAGUAGCUAUGGUUACAUGUUAAGGCAAAAGGGAACGACCAGCUUGUAAAAUGCUUGUUGACAUAUUUUAGCAAAAUAUUUUAGCCUGGUUUGAAAUUUAAAAAUAGUAAUAGUUAAUGCUCUCUCUUUAAUGUUGUUUUAAUG